CGAAGAAGAAGAAGAACAAAAAAAAACAGCCUCAGAAAUUUUUAGUUACACAUCAUCUGCUAUCUUUGACUUUACUUUCGCUAUAAUUUAGAAAAAUGUAACUUGAAGCAGAGGCAGAUGUGCUGUCUGGAGACCUGUACGGAGCAGCAGCCAGUCAGAAUAAGCGCUGUUACUGUUUUUAUACACGAUUCUGGUUUGUGAAUGUGGCAGCUAAGCUAGCUCUGAGGCUGGAUCGCCUCUUAUCUAGCUCGUCAACGUUUGCGCUGAGAUAAUCAGCCGGUGUUUACCGUCCACAUUAACACGUCACACGUCUCCCUCUCAGCCUUCUCCCUGUCAUAAUCAGCAGCACAGAAAUGGGAAUUCUGGGCAGCAGGUUUCAGCUGUCCUCUCAGGGACCAGAAGAGGCCACAGAGGGCACAAGUACCAACCGCAAACAUAACUGCGAGUGUAAGAAGAGGAAACGAAAUGCUCAGUGUGACUGUGACAGUGAUCAAGAGGAGGAUGAUGGCAUACUCGAUACACCUCGCAGGAAGAAAUUAAAAAGCACAUCAAAGUACAUUUAUCAGACCUUGUUUCUGAAUGGGGAAAACAGUGACAUUCGUAUCUGCGCUCUGGGACAGGAGUGGAACCUCCACAAAGUGUACCUCUGCCAGUCGGGGUAUUUCUCCAGCAUGUUCAGCGGAUCCUGGAAGGAGUCCAGCAUGAUGGAAAUCAACCUGGAGAUCCCAGAUCAGAACAUUGAUACUGAAGCUCUACAAGUUGUGUUUGGGUCCCUGUACCGUGAUGAUGUUCUGAUCAAACCCAGCAGAGUCGUCAGUAUUCUUGCCGCUGCUUGUAUGCUACAGCUGGAUGAUUUGAUCCAGCAGUGUGGCGAAACCAUGAAGGAAAACAUCAGUGCAAAGACUGUGUGUGGCUACUAUGCGUGUGCUAGCAUCUAUGGCCUGGAUUCAGUCAUUAAAAAAUGUCUCGAGUGGCUUCUAAACAACCUGAUGACCCACCAAAAUAUCGACCUGAUGAAAGAACUUGGGGUGGAGGUCAUGGAGCAACUCAUCCAGUCCUCUGACUUGUUUGUCAUGCAGGUGGAGAUGGAUGUUUACACUGCUCUGAAAAAGUGGAUGUUUCUGCAGCUCAAUCCGCUGUGGGACGGCCCCAUCAAGCAGCUUCUGGCUGAUGCCGACGCCUGGCUUUGCAAGCGCAGGACAGACCUUUGUGAGAAGGAACCCUUCUUGAACACAGAUGAGGGCGUUCCUUUUCGGUCAGUGUUCAACUUUGUGCGCCUGCAGUACAUCAUCAAUGACCUCGCGUCUGCACGCAUCUUGGAGAGGGACAACAUUUUGCCUCUUGACUGGUUGACGUCCGUGUAUAAAAACCAGUGGUUCGCCAUGCUCCGGACAGAGUUUGAGAAUGAUAACGGUCCUCAGGAGCCCAACAAAGACGAGUUUGAGCAGAGCAGCAUGAGGUGUGGCAGGAAGCUCAUUAAAGAUGGAGAUUACUGCUGGAGGUGGACGGGCUUUAACUUUGGUUUCGACCUGCUGGUGACCUACACAAAUCGCUUCAUCGUCUUCAAGAGGAAUACUCUGAGUCAGCCAUGUGGGGGCGCUGUCAGUCUACAAGCACGAAGACACUUGGCAUACAGGUUACGUCUUGCCUCCUUUGACAGUCGUGGAAAGCUGGUCUGCAGUCGCUCAACAGGUUACCAGCUGCUCACUUUAGAGAAAGACCAGGAGUAUGUGGUGAUGAAUCUGGACAGCCGGUUGUUAUCAUUCCCCCUCUACGUGUGCUGUAACUUCCUGUAUACAUCACCUCAGUCAGAUCACCGUCCAGACUCCUCAGACAAAGACAGGUCUGCUCACAGUGUGUCUUGAUACCUGCUCACCAGCCAUUAGCUGCUGCCAUUCUUCUGUUACCGCAGAGACACUUGACACAAGCUUGUAUGUACAAUCUAUGGCCUCAUUUAACACAUUUUGACACUGGACAUACCGUCUGCAUGCUCUCUAAACUCAGCGAGAUGUUCUUGGGGAAAAAACGUUUUGUAUAUAUGUCUACAUGGGGUUUACAGUAUAAUGAAGCCCUAUGCUAGUGGUCAAGAGGGAUCGGACCACCUUUUGCUCUCAGAGAAGCUUCUCUCCACCUUGUACCUCUGCUGUUAACCAUCUGCACUGGGAUGCUGGACCAUUCUUAAAGAUGGGAAACCUCCAGGUGUUUGGUCAUUAAGCAGACUUUGUAGGGCUUGACUUUACACUUUGUUUUUUCACUGUGUACAGGACAUCGUCAUCGGGAGCACAAACAAACACAGUGAAACUGAGUAGUUCCAUCACAUUUCAGAGCUUCUUACAAUUUCCUAAGAGGAAACACACAUCUGUUCUUAGAAGGAGAAAUUGUGCGAUGUCCACCAGCAUCACAAGUUUAAGACUCAGUAAUCCUCCCCAGUUAAAGCUGAGGUUGCAGUAAAUACUUGUGCUAUCUGGUGCUCUCAGCAUAAUCUUGUUUUUUUGGCUCACAAAAUAAAAAAAAUUCCAGAUUUCCUUUCUACAGUAUUUAUCAGCUACACUCCCCACUGUGUGUUUGCUGGUAUUAAGACAGUCACCUGCUCACUCUUCUUUUACAGUGCAGCUGCUUCUUGUUUGGCACUCUACCAUCUAUACUCUAAGUACCAUUUAAGUUCUGUUUUUGAAUACUUAUCAUAUUAAUUUGGGAAAUAUUUGUUUGGCGGUUUUCUUAAUCUGUUGUUACCUCAUGUCGUUUUGAUAUCUAAUGGAGGUGAAAGCUUUUAUUUGGCCAUUAUUUAUUAUUUUGUACUUCAUUUUUAUUCGUAUCGAUGUACUUUUGAAAACAAUUUCUCCACUGCCAAUAAAAUUGCCCUCUGACACGGGCUGUGGUGCUAUCACAUAA